AUGGGCAACAGGGCUUCCACAAUAGCCGAUGUGUAUAGCUAUGGGAUUCUUCUCUUGGAGAUGUUUACAGGUAAAAGACCAACUGAUAACAUAUUUAAGGAUGAUCUAAAUCUUCAUAUCUUGGUUGAGAGUGCUUUGCCCGACCAAGUGCUGGAGAUUGUGGAUCCCCGCAUUCUUUCAGAACACAAGCCAAGAAGUUGGCUUAAAGACAAUCUGGUUUCUGUCUUGAGAAUUGGAGUUGCAUGUUCAAUGGAAUCACUAAGGGAUCGAAUGCAGAUUCAAGAUCACCCACCCAGCAUGGUUACAAGAUGUGUGGCAUGGAAUCUCAAAAAGGAGGAAAGCGACAAAACUAUUGACAUAGGUGUUCAUAAUGGAACUGACAUUGCCAUAGCAGAACUAGAUGUCCAUGUAGCAGAACUAAGCGUUCAGAUCUGA